AUGCGGGUUGCUGCAUUGGCUUCGGUGGCAUGCUGUCUGUCGAUGGUGGUGGCUGGCGGUCUGAAAAGCGCAGCCGAGGGCAACCCGACCAUUCAGACCUUUGUGCUCGCUGCGCUCUUCCCUGUGAACCUGCUGCUCAUCCUCCUCACAGGUGGGGUGCUGAUCACGAGCACUCCGGCGACCGUGACCGCCGCGGUGUUUGAAGGCAGGUUGCCCCUUUUUGCAGAUCGCGAGGACGCUUGCGCUGGCUUGGCUAGGCAAUCAUCUGCUCGGCGCCUUGCCCUUCGCCGGCUUUGUCACGGCCUGUAA